GGCGGCUUCCGUCCGAGUCAAGGUGACCGUUGGGCCGCGGGGCAGCGCCGAACGGGGCGGGCAGCACGAGACGCGCAACAAAAACCCUCGUCAGUCUCCCGAGCCUCGAAGGCCUCGCGCGCACCCACGCCACCGGCACCGCACCCUCACCCACCGACCUCGGCGGCGCGGCGAGUCCCAGGCCCCAGGGCCCGAGGGCGAUGGCGGCGAUGAUGAUGACCGCGGGCGAGUCCAAGUCCCCGGCGCGCGCGCUGCGGCGGCUGGCCGGCGCCGCGGUCGCCGCCGUGCUGCUCCGCCGCACCUUCAGCGCCUCCAAGUGCAAGACGGAGGCGCGGAUGGCGACGGCGCGGAUGAAGCUGCUGCGGAACCGGCGGGGGGCGCAGGUGCGGCAGAUGCGCCGCGACAUCGCCGCGCUCCUCCGCGACAAACAGGAGGACACCGCGCGCAUCAGGGUUGAACAUGUAAUUAGAGAGCAAAACUUCAUGGCAGCCAACGAGAUCAUUGAACUAUUCUGUGAGCUGAUUGUUACGCGUCUCCCCAUCAUUGCAAAGCAGAAGGAAUGUCCAGCAGACUUGAAAGAAGGCAUCUGCAGUUUGAUAUUUGCAGCUCCAAGGUGCUCAGAGCUCCCUGAACUCGGUCGAAUUCGUGACAUUUUUGAAAAGAAGUACGGCAAAGAUUUCGUUUCUGCUGCAGUUGACUUGCGCCCAGAUGCUGCUGUUAAUAACCUUCUGAUCGAGAAGCUGUCUGUUAAGAAGCCUUCUGGGCAAACUAAACUGAAAGUUCUAAAGGAUAUAGCAAAAGAGCAUCAGAUUGAUUGGGAUACCACUGAGAGUGAGCAGGAGCUUCUGAAACCUCCUGAAGAUUUGAUUAAAGGCCCAAGUACAUUUGUUGAAGCUUCCAAUAUGCCUGUUAAGACUACUCUGACAUCACAUGUUGUGCAACCAAUUCCAACUAGCUUCAGCUCUAGGUAUUCGGAUGAUGAAUCUGAUGAUGGGGACACUAUGCAAUUCAAAGAUGCUGCUUCGGCCGCGCGAGCAGCUGCAGAGUCUGCUGAGAGAGCAGCAUCUGCUGCCAAGGCCGCAGCUGAUUUUGCCAAUAAGAACAACCAUCCAUUUGAUGAAGUCGAAGAUUGCAAAGCUUCAGCUCAUGAAUCCACUCAUCCCCGCAAGAGGCAGUCAAUGAGCAACUCAAGUAAGUCAUCCAGGAAAGAAGAUACAGAUGCCUUUGAGGAACUAAAACCCCAUGGAGGGAAAGCAUCCAGCACUGGAAGCUUCAGCGGAACGAACUGCGUAGAAGACAGAGACAACUAUCCUGUGGAUUUGGACACUAAGACAAUGCGAAGAAGGAACAGCCGUGCUGCUCGGAAGGUGCACUCAGAGAUAAAGUUUGAUGAUUCUGAGGGACUGUGUUCAGAUUCAGAGGAUGAGAAUGAUGUGGAGAUACAAUCGGUAGAAAGGCCACUACCUCCUACAAGAGAGCCUUUUACAGAAAACCGUCACUCUGAAGAGGGAGAGCCCGACAACGAUUUCCCCGAGUUUCCAAAGGCAAACCUUCAUUCUCGUGUUCAUCCAAAUAUGCCCCUUGACUACGAAACUCUCACUGCACGCUUUGAGGCGCUCAAGUCCGGCAAGCUUCCAUAGACCGUAGUGCAACAAUGUAUCACAUUCUUUCUUAUUGCUUCUGUACAACAAUAUAUCACAUAAUAGUAGGUUAUAGUGUGUCUCUAGAUUAUUUGAUUCUGGCUUAGGCCAAGGAUUUGCCGAUUCAAUCUAUUACUGCAUCUGUAUUGUUCUGGUAAUAUAUAGAUCAUUUGUAUUGCCUUUCUCUA